GCGUACGUCAUUUUGAUUCUCACGAAAACAAAAAGUAUAUUAAAGAAAACAUUACAAAAAGGUUUUUAAAAAAUACAUGUUAUGUAAAAUAAUAAUAACUUUUGCCUUGGAGUGCUGAUAUCAUUGCGUUGAGUCAGAGGUUUCAGACGCCCGUCACUACAGAGGCCACAAUGAGCGUUGUCGUGGGUGGUUGUCCACGGGCGAUUGACGUCUCAAGUAGGAGAGCAGCCGUGCAAGCGAAUGUGCUCUCACGAUGCCUCACACUCUCACAAAAGGCGAUCCAGUUCUCAGAGCCAUUUGUGCCGAUUGUAGCAGCGGGACCUCAGUUGUGCGCGAUACCGCAGCGGCUGCAAAAUGGACCGGCUUCGGAAAGGGCAGGCACAUUCAAGCAAAGCCAGAUGGUAGCGAGAUCGGGAUACCAUGGACGACCUUGCAGUGCAAGAGAAGCGCAAAGGAAUGAGAGGUGUGUUGUAUUUGGCAUGUGUCGAUUAUCAUUACAGGGGGUGAGCACCCCGAGAUCUGGGCCUGAUUCAUGCUCUCGGUGUGCGUGGGCUGCGUAUCGGUGGUCUCAGUCUUCUGUUUUUGGGUGUGUGGGAGGGCACGGGGGAGGGGAAGGAUGCAAACUGUCCUCCUCCAGGUUCCCUUUGUCGGAUUCAGAAGGACGGGGGAAACGAAGACUCAAGAGCAAGAGAAAGCAGGGUGCCAUCAUUCCCCAGGCAAAGAGAGGUGACAGCAUAGACUACGGAGAUCAGAUCAUCGCAUCAACGGCGUACUUCUUGCCCUUUUUGGACGGAGUGGAUUACGGUCGCUAUCUGUUGUGCGAGUUCCCGUUGAUGCGAAAAAUGAUUACUCCUUUGGCGUCCGUUGUCUCAGUUUAUAACUCCAUUCCCUUCGGCAGCUUCAUCCCCUUCUUCUUGCUUUACUUUGUCGUUGUGAAGAACACACGCUAUUCCUGCUUCGUCCGCUUCAACACUAUGCAAGCCAUCACUCUCGACAUCCUGCUGAUUCUCCCUCGUCUCAUCGAGCGAUUAAUCAGUCCCUCUAGUGGCUUUGCUAUUCGCCUCUUCGUCAUUUUCUACAACACGGUUUUCCUAUUCUUAUUAGCCAGUUUUGUAUUCGGAGUCGCUUCUUGCAUUUUGGAAAAGACGGUGCGGUUGCCUCUUGUUGGUGACGCCGCCGAUCAGCAGAUCAUGUGACACCUGACAUGCCUCACCAGCGUAACGG